AAGACACAGGAGAAAGCAUGCUGGUCACGUGAUACUCGAAGAGGCGGCUCUGAAGUAGCUGAUUGGUGCGCAAGCGUUCCUUAUUUUGAGGGCGGAAAAAAGUGUCCCUGACCUCUCACUGUCUCUGCACCAGAGACGAGAGAAAGGAAGAAAACGGGGGCGGGGCUCUCCUCGGCCCCUCCUCCUUCUCUCGUGGUCUGUGGCGGGACGGCGAAAGACACGCAGCGGAGCGUAGGGGUUGAACCUAAAGGAGGAGCCAGGGAGAGUGGCGCGCCCGGAGCAGUCUCUGCUGCCCCUUCCCUCUCUUUCUUUCAUUCGCCUCCCAGCCAGGUGUCCUCUCUUCUGGUGGCGAGCGGGUCGAGAAGGAUCGCCACGGAGUGCCCAGAGUUGGUCGAAACGUACAGUCCGGCGGCGCGUCUCUCUGUGGUGGGUGUUGUCGGGCUCGGGGCGUCAAGAGCAGCCUGGCUACUCCUCCCCGUCCGGUGGAAACUUGCUAGGGAAUGUGUGUUGCUAAUGGGUGUGAGCAAACUAGAUGUUUUAUACAGACGGCUCCUUCUCACUAAACUUUUCAUUCAAGGAUGGGGAAGACCAGAAGACCUGAAAAGAAUAUUUGAAUUCAGGAAGAUUAUUGGAAACAGGGAAAAAUGCCAGAAUCUGGUUUCAAGGGACUAUCCAGUGCAUGUUAACAAGGUGGAAGAGCAAUCAGAUUGUAAGGUCCUUGAUGGACACUUUGUUUCCCCCUUGGCUCAUUAUGUUCCAGAUAUCAUGCCAAUGGAAACCAUCACAGCAAGGUUUCAGUUUAUAAUACCCAAGCAAUGGAACAGCAAAUACAGACCUGUAUGUGUUCAUUUAGCAGGCACUGGAGACCAUUACUUUUGGAGACGACGCACAUUAAUGGCCCGUCCAAUGAUCAAAGAGGCUUGUAUGGCUUCGUUGCUACUAGAGAACCCUUAUUAUGGAUGCAGAAAACCGAAGGAUCAAAUAAGGUCAAGUCUAAAAAACGUGUCUGAUCUGUUUGUGAUGGGAGGCGCUCUUGUGCUAGAAUCGGCAGCUCUUUUGCACUGGCUUGAGAGAGAAGGCUACGGACCCCUAGGAAUGACUGGAAUAUCAAUGGGAGGACAUAUGGCAUCACUAGCAGUAUCAAACUGGCCGAAACCAUUGCCCCUAAUUCCUUGUCUAUCCUGGUCUACAGCUUCUGGUGUUUUUACUACGGGUGUGCUGAGCAAAGCAGUGAACUGGAGGGAACUAGAGAAACAGUAUUAUAGUCAGAGUGUUUAUGAAGAAGAAAUCAUUCAGAUGCUUGAAUAUUGUGGGACAGAUUCAUUCAAGAUGGGACAAGACUUUGUUAAAAAUUCUCCCAGCAGUGUGGACAGCUUAAGCAACCUGGAACUGAAUUCUAGUGUGCUGGACUUGGAUACCAGAAGCAAAGUUCCGUCUUCAGAAAGUGGCCGCUGGCUUAGCACUAGCAAAAGUACUCUAAGUGCCUCAGCAGAAGGAUUGUUAGUACAAGAGGCACCAAAAAUGCAGUGCAUAAACCAGACUUUUUCAACCAGCAGCAAUAGCCAUAAAGACUUUACCUGUGAGCAGCAGCAUCUAAUAAGUGGGAAAAGUGACACUUUGCAAAGAGAAUCUCUAAGAUUCAUGAAAGGGGUGAUGGAUGAAUGUACCCAUGUAGCUAACUUUUCAGUUCCAGUUGAUCCAACACUAAUCAUAGUGGUUCAAGCUAAGGAGGAUGCUUAUAUUCCAAGAACUGGCGUGCGAAGCCUUCAAGAAAUAUGGCCAGGAUGUGAAAUCAGAUAUUUGGAAGGCGGCCAUGUAAGUGCAUAUCUCUUCAAACAAGGAUUGUUCAGACAAGCCAUAUAUGAUGCAUUUGAGCGCUUUCUUCAGAAAUAUGCCAUAUAAUCAUACUCUGAACUCUUGUUCUGAGUUUUUCUUGUGGAUUCUCAAGUUUGGAGAACAAGUUGACUAGAGAGGUGCAAUGAGGUCACCAAUCGAAUGUCCUGUGCAGUCUGAUAUCCGGUAAUAGCAGUGCAAAAAUAACAUUAUCAACCAAUGUCAACCUUAAACUUUCAUUAGUUAAAACUAUUAACAUCUUAGCACAAUUUGUUAAUACCAAGUAUGUCUGAAGUGUAUAAAAUAUGAUUUUAAAAUAGCUAACUUCAUUUAUACAUGUAUGUGGAAAAGAGACCAAUGCAAUAUUGACAGAUGUUUGUUAAACUUGGGUUUGUGUAACUUACAAAAACUAAUUUCUGGUCAUAGGUUGUAAUGAAUUCAUAGAUGCAAGGUUAACUUAGCUCCCGCAUAAUAAAAGUUACUAGAUUUUCACAUACUGGCUCAAUAUUAGGAAGUUUUUUUCUUUAGGAAUAUUGUAAAGAUAGUUUAUUUUUACACUGAUUUAAAUUUAGCUAAUUGGAACUACUCAGAGAUCCAGUGCUGCAUUUGUGGCUCUUUUGGUUUUAAUAGAACGUUUGCCACACUGUCUUGUGCCUCCUAAUUGGUUCUUAAAGGAAAUAUUUGUGUAGGUUCAGCUAUCCUCAUUCAGAAUAGGAGUGCUGUUAAUGCCCUCUUUUUAUGUGGGGUGGCAGAAGGGAAAAAACCUGUUUUGUUCACUGACAUGAACUACUACACCGAAAAUGGAAAAAGGGGCCUUCUAUAAAUAUUACAUAUAUGAAAUGUUUUAAUACACAUUAAUAUCCUUUAAAAACUUUUUAAGGAAACUGUUUGCAUAAUACUGCACUAGUAAACCUGAGAAUUUGGAAUUUAGUACUGCAUCAGUAUCUUCCUACAACUCCAAUCACAAGUUAACUUUGAGAACUCUGAUGGUAAACAUAUGGCAUGGAAUCCAUGUGCCACAAUAUUUAAAUUAUGUAUUACAAUAAUGAAUACUAUGUUCAACGUUUUCAAAAUAUAAAUUCUCACAAUGAAAAACUAGUACUUGAAAAGGUGCGUUAUUAUGUUUAGCAUCUUUCAUUUGUGUUCUCAUAUAGUAAAUUGCUAUGGGUGUGUGAUGUUCUAUAAUUGUACAUAAUGCAGACAGAUUGGGUAUUAAGACUCUAUGUGGAGUCUGAUAUGGAACAGCUUAAUGGAAAGAAUCAGUGUCCCAAGUCAAAACUGUCAAAUUUUAACACAGCUUAUCAGCUCCUCAAUAAACUACACUGAAACAGCCACAUCAGACUAGCAUUCCAAAUUUACAAGUACCAACUACUCUUUGGGAAAAGCACAGAGUUUCUAGAGAAACUGAAAUCGAGUAAGAUCUUAAGUUUUUAAUAAUUCAAUAGAUUCAUUAUAUUGAUGAGUAAUAAGUUUUCAAAAUAUUAUGAUCAUUCCAACUUAAAUAAAUAUUCAGAAGCCAGAGUUGCUUUUGGUAUGUUCCUGCUAUUUAGACUUGGCUUCCAAAACGGAUUAGUUCAAAAGUGUUUGAUGUUCACAGGUGCUUGAAAUAUGACUGAAAAUAUAUCUGCCAAAAACAGUGUGCUGCCAAACCUGUUUCUCUGGAGGCACAAUAAAAAAUUAUAAGCGUUAGUAUCUACUAAAUUGUUGACCAUAACUAUUUAUGUGGGAAAAAGACUACUGUGUAUUAUUAAAUGCUGAGUCAAUACAAAAUGCUUGAAAAUUUUAAGAAAAUGUCAAACAAUUACAUGUAAAUAUGUUGGAGGAUAUAUUUGUUUUCGGUUUCUUUUCUCUUGAAGAACUGGCAGACAAUGCAGUCCUAUGCAGAGUUACCCCAUGUUUAAGCCCAUUGAUUUCCAUUAGCUUAGAUUAGGCAUCUCUGCAUAAAAUUGCACUGUAAGAAAUCCUUCUUUGGUAACACCAAUUUUGUGGGCCUUACUAUGCUUGAAUGUCUAAUAUUUUAACCUAUCACAUUUCUUAAAUAAUACAAAGAGGUACUAAUGGUGUUCUAAUGUUAAAGUCAUUUUAAUUAUUUAAAUGAGGAAAAGUAGAAAGGAGUUCUAUAAUUCUGAUUUAUUAUAUUCUGUCAAUUGCAUUUUAUAUUUUCAAUAAAAAGUGUAAAGUAAAUCACA